AUGAUGCAUUCAAGUCCAAAUUUUUGCUUUCGUUUACUGGUGCUGUCGUUAAUAUUGAAAGAGAUCACUUCUCGAGUGGAGUUUACCAACAUCAAGUGUACGCAUGUGGAUAAGGAUUUUGCCGAAUUUGAAUAUUGCACUUUAAAGUCAAUAAAUCGUACGUACAAAUACAUUUCGGGAAAAAUGAAAUUGUAUAAUAUUCCAAUUACCAAGAUCAAGGUACAUUUUGGAUUGUAUAAAAGGUUUAAUGGUUACAAGCCUUUCCUAUACAAUCAAACCGUAGAUGUUUGUUAUUUCUUAAACCAUCAGAAGUCCAAUCCUGUCGCCAAGUUUUUUUUCGACAUUGUAAAGGAAAACGCAAACGUCAAUCAUUCUUGUCCAUAUAAUCACGAUAUUGUUGUCGAGAAACUUUCCACGGAGAUCAUUAACCAUCAUGUUACGAAAGUUCUUUCCUACCCGGACGGUGAUUACAUGACAGAGACACAUUGGGUACUUAAUGACAAACUAGCCGCAGUAAUCAAAUUGUAUUUGUCUCUUUCCUAA